ACAAAUGUCACAUACGUCAACUGUCAUAUUAACCAUUUGCUAAUGACGGGUAAAUGAAUUAACAAAUAAUUUUGUAAUUAUAUUUAGAAAAAUAAAAUGGAUGAAACAAUGAAAGAUAAUUCGCACUCGGACGGUUCGUCGUCGAAAAAGAAACACAAGAAGGACCACAAACGCAAACACAAAAAGCACGAUACCGAGAAAGCCGAGAAAACCGACAAAGACAAAACGAAGCGCCACAAAAAGCACAAGAAGCACAAAAGCAAAGGCGACGAGCCCGACGACGAUGCGCAAUCCGACGCCAACGGCAGGUACACCCCCGUUAAAGCAACCAACGAGGUGCUCAACGGCAAAACCAAACCCAAACCGAUUCCGACGGAACCGCCGGCGGUCGCCGAAUUCGCACCGUCCGACCUAGUCGACGACAAGGAAACGGUCUCGUCGGAGAGCGAAUUCGUGCCGGAGGCCGACUGCGACAGCCUGGACAUCGAUCUGAGCCUCAUCGAGGCCGACAUGGACCUCGAGGAGCUGAUGAAACAGAAGGAAUUGCUGCAAGCCCAGCUGGCCAAGGCCAGCGGUUGCUCCACCCCUCUCGUCAAAGAUAAAAAACAACCGGACGAGGUCAUCCUCUUGGACGAUUCCGACGAAGCGACUACUCCCGAAGUCAAGAAGAAAUCCAAGAGCCGAGAGAGACGGAUCGAAGUGAAACCCAAAGAUAAUUCGAGCAACCGAAACCGACAACAAUCGCACAGGGAACAGGACAAAAGAGACAGGUACCACCGCGAGACGGAGAGGCAGAGACGCGAGAAGGAGAGGCGCGAUAGGGAGAAAGAGCGGGAGCGAGAGAGACGGUCGCGGUCUCGUUACCGCGAGGCGUACAGCCACCGAGGUCGCGAGGCCUCGAGGGACAGGGGCAGGGAGUCGCGCGGUUACGGCUACAGAGAUCGUUACAAGGGCGAUGCGUUGAGAAAUAAUCGAGGAAAGGAAUACGGCAAGUCGAGAGAGAAACAGGAUAAAUUCAAGGAUUCGCUGAGCGAAGGCCAGAAGAGGCAAGAUAGUAGCGAAAGUGAUGUAGAAAUGGAUAUCGAUUGGAACGAAGAAGACGAGGAAGUUAUAAUUGAGAAGCGGAGGAAACAACGAGAGGAGUUAUUAAAACGACUCGGUGCGGAUUCGCAGGAUUCCCAAGGCCCUGACGUUGAAAUCAUCGAAGAUCACACUACAUUAAAAUUAAAAAGUCCGGAACAGCCGAAGAAAUCCACCGUAACGCCAGUAAAAAAACAACAGGAUUCGAUCGACGAUAAACAGAAAGACGAAGAUGAUAGGGAGAAACAAGAAGAAUCUCUCACGCCGCCUCUGUUGCCCAACAUGAAACCGAUCGUAAACAAUUCGAUCGACAAGAAAACGGACAAGGACAAAAUCAAAACCAACGCUGCAUGGGACAUGUUUGCGGAACAGGACAUCUUCAAAAUGAAUUCCUCGCCGAGUACAAUCAGCACGAAGGGCUCGGGGGCCGAGAAUCCCGCUCUCACCGACAAUUGGGACGACGCCGAAGGGUAUUACAGAGUGAGAAUCGGCGAGAUAUUGGAUUCCAGAUACAUGGUGUACGGGUAUACGGGUCAGGGUGUGUUCAGUAACGUGGUGAGAGCUAGGGAUCAGGCCAGAGGUAGUCAAGACGUGGCCGUUAAAAUUAUCAGAAACAACGAAAUAAUGCACAAGACGGGCCUCAAGGAAUUGGAGAUACUGAAGAAACUGAACGAUUCCGAUCCGGAGGAUAAGCUCCAUUGUCUCAGAUUGAUCAGGCACUUUUUCCACAAGCAACAUUUGUGCAUGGUGUUUGAGCCGUUGGCCAUGAACUUGAGAGAGGUGUUGAAGAAGUACGGUAAAGACGUCGGUUUGCACAUCAAAGCGGUGAGAAGUUAUACGCAACAGCUUCUUUUGGCUUUGAAGUUGUUGAAAAAAACCGGAAUACUCCACGCCGAUAUAAAACCUGAUAAUAUUCUAGUAAACGAAAGUAAACACUUGUUGAAGUUGUGCGAUUUCGGUUCGGCGUCGAAAAUCAACGAGAACGAAAUCACCCCGUAUUUGGUGUCGAGAUUUUACAGGGCGCCCGAAAUCAUAUUGGGCAUGUCCUACGACUACGGCAUCGACAUGUGGUCGGCCGCCUGUACGGUCUACGAAUUGUACACGGGCAGAAUAAUGUUCUCCGGCAAAAGUAACAAUCAAAUGUUGAAGUUUUUCAUGGACGUCAAAGGGAAGUUUCCCAACAAGGUCGUCCGAAAGGGUGCCUUCAAGGAUCAGCAUUUCGAUGGGAACUAUAACUUUUUGUACCACGAAAUUGAUAAGGUCACCGAGCGGGAAAAAGUGGUGGUGAUGUCUGUGGUGAAGGUGUCGCGAGAAUUGCAAUCUGAACUAAUAGCCGGUCAAGCGUUGCCCGGCGAUCAGUUGCGUAAAGUGACCCAGCUGAAGGACCUGCUGGAGAAGGCGUUGGCGAUCGAUCCUGCGAAAAGGAUCAGCUUGAACAACGCCCUAACGCAUCCUUUCAUCCAGGAUAAGAUUUGAAUCGAGAGGGUUUAGAGAGGUAAACACACAAUAAAUGAGGAGAUCCAAAGUUUUUCUUUUUCUUUUUCUUUUGAUAUAUACAUAUAGAUAUUUUUUCAUUUGAUCUAAGUGAUGAACGGAUUUACAAGGAGUUGUUUUAAAGGUGUCGCUUGUACGUUGGUUAAUUUAAUAAGAUGCUGUAAAAUUUACAUUUUUUUUGUGAGCAAGAGUUGUUUAAAUAAAUUUUCGACUGUU